CCACCGAGGAGAGUGGAAGUGUUGAAGUCUCCAUCCGCGCGGAGCUUUUGGUGUGGUGGUCGCGUCCGGCGGAAUCUAAACGGGAUCCUUGCGGUACUCCGGACGAACUUUGUGAUCAUUGAAGUGACUGGACGAAUUUGUGGACUAUAUUUGAGACCGAUCCUGCAGGAAGUCCGAACGGUGGACGAUUAACAGAGAGAAUAACACAGACCGUGGAAUGGUGUAAUUAUGUCCGUGUUUUCUCCACAAACUCUCCUCGCUGUAUGACUCAAGGUCGCCAUCAGCGCGUUUUACGAAACACCGUAUCACUCUACCCAAAAUAUUCUCUCAACAACCCAUCCCCCCCAAAAAAAAAACCGAAAAAAACAAAACAACCAAAAACGGACUUAAAUCUCAAACCUCAACGAAGAGAAGGAAAACCGCGCCAAGAAUUUCCAGCUUUUAGAGAAAACAGUGACGGUCCAUCCUUGCGGGGAAGGUCAGUGGCAUCGACGAUCGCGGGGCCGAAAAACUCACUCGCUCGCUCGCUCUCCAGGUCCCCUUCGCAAGGAAUCCAAAAAAGUGGUGAGACUUUGACGGAAAUGUCAUAGACACCCCUUCCUGUGUUUCGCUUUCUUGCCGCGAGAUGGCAGCACGAAGGAUGUCCAGGACGCCCUUCCUGUUGCUCCUGCUGGCUGCGCUGCCCUUCAACGCCGGCCAAGAUGCCACGAACUCCACCGAGGCGACGAGCGAGAGCGGAGACUCGACGCCGCAAGGUCUUCCCCUCACGACUGCCUCCGAGACACUGACGGUCGUCCGCAAGUGCUGCCCUGAUUUACACGUGUGGGACUUGGCCACGAGUACCUGCCAUAUCUCCCAUGACUUGCAAUUCAUCGUCCCGACCUUUGCAAUGGACAUUUACGGCAUCUACACCGAGGGGAACCUCACCCGCGACCAGCUCCAGCUCCAGACGGGGAAGGUGACGUGCUCGUCGCCGUGGCAGCUGGAGGAGCCGACCAACACGUUCAAGGUGCUGGAAACGGGGCAACUGUGGGUCGUGGACUUCGAGGCUUAUUACGAGCUGGACAUGUACUGCCUGGAGACCUUCGCCCAGAACGCCAGCGCGCCCGCGUCCCCGCACUGGCUCGGGGCGGCCGUGUGCCACACACAGACGCCCAUCGAGCCCUUCGACACCUCCAAGAUCACCGUCAGGAAAUGCUGUUUGCACAAUCAGGUGUACACGGCGGACUCGAGCUGCAUCCCGCGGGACAACGUGACGAGCGAGGCGUGGCGCGUGCCGCUGCGUCCUGCCGGCGCCGCGGCGGGGGAGCUGGCGCACGUCGACGUCCGCCAGCAGCCCUACGCCGACACGCACGAGGUGGUCGCCUCCUUCCAGGUAUGCAAAAGGGACGAGAUGGGCAUCGAGGUCCACGAUUUUCACGUGAUAGAGCAGACUGGAAAACUCUAUAUCCCGGAGCUCCUUCGGGAAUUUUCCCACGACGAAUACUGCAUUGAGGACUUCUACACGGAAGAUGUUUCCAUUCCUACGGCUUACAUCUGCGUGAGCGAGGCAGAGAGGCAGCAGCUGCAACUUUCCGAGAUCCCGGGCUGUGAUUCGGGCAACUGCAUGAGGAAGUGCUGUCCCUUUGGCCAGAUCUUGGACUCCAUGGCCAGGAAGUGCGUCGCCGCCAUAGAUACUUACUUCAACGUCACCGUCAAGAUGGAAAAUGGAUCGCAAAAGCUGUUGAGUGACAUCGAGUUCCUCACCGAGUACCCCGACUGCGAGCUGCAACUGACCUACGAGGAGGAGGACGUCCAGCUCUUGGAAGGCAUGAACCUGAGCUACGUCUCUUACAGCCACGAGGAAUGCGACCCGAGAAUCGAGAACAUUAUUACUCAGGAUAAUUACUGCAUUGAUCAGGUUUUGUAUCCAUCGGGCAAGGUGAAACAAGGAGCAGCCUUCUGUAUCUUAGAGGAGGCUACAGCGGAAAAGUCAGACGUCAGGAUUAUCUACUCUGUAUUUCUGGGAAUCUCAGACCUCUUCAUUCUGAUUUCCUUCAUCGUGUAUCUAACAGUGCCAGACCAGAACAAACGCGGUCUCAACAAGAAUGUAAAGCUGGCACACUCAGUCUUGGGUCGGAUUCUCCUCUGCUUCCUCUUCAGCAUGUUCUUUGCGUAUCUCUUCCUCAUCAUCAUAAACCUCUUCUCAGACCCGAUCUACCUGGCAAGCAAAAGUGCCUGUAUUGGUGUUGGUGUGUGUAUGUACAUGUUCUUCAUGGCCACUUUCUUCUGGCUAAAUGUCCUCUGCUUUGAGAUCUGGUGGAAGUGUUCAAGGCAGGAGAGCUCGAGUGGUCGCCGCUGGGUAUGGUACCAAGUGUAUGCCUGGUUUGGCCCCAUCACCUUCGGGGCCAUUUCGCUCAUCAUGGAUCUUUCACCUUCCAUUAAUAGCUGUUACAUUAAACCCAACUUUGGGAAAUAUUCUUGCUUCUUCAGUGACACUCUAACACACAGCAAUGGAGCCAAAUGGGCAUACUUCUUUGGGCCAGUGGCUGCCCUGCUAAUAGCUGACCUCAUCUUCUUCCUCCUGACUGUGCGCUCGCUCCUCGUCACUGUUCAGCAGAGCCACAAGGGGACGGCUCAGAAGCAAGCCAAGCAGAGGCUCAAACUGUGCUUUAAGCUUUUCCUGGUUAUGGGGAUCAGCUGGUUUGCAGAGAUCAUCGCAUAUCAGUUUGGACCAAGCAAUUUUGGAUACAUCUCAAACAUUUUCAAUUGUUCACAGGGCUUCAUUGUGUUCCUGAUCUUCAUCCUGAAACCCAAAAUCAUGGAGGCAGUUCGAGCCAGGCUGUGUGGCUGCUGUGGUGACCCCAAGCCAACCAAGCUGCGCGCAGGUCCAACGGUAGUGCGUGGAACAACUGAAGAAGAAAUUGCAACGGGAUCUGAUGUUGCGAUAAUACUGAGCUCCAGGGCAAGCCAAGUUGCAUAGGAUCUGUCCUUUGAGAAGAUGUUGAAUGAUAUUGCAUUUCAGGAAAAGUCACAAUCCAUGAAAUUUGUCAGUUGAAGAAGUUAUACAGCAAUUAUUGUCCCAUAAUUUUGCUAAAGAUUUGUCUGUUGAUGAGAUAUUGCAUUAAUAACAAUUUCUGGAACAAAUAAGAUAUGCUAGUUGAAGAGAUUGUUGCAUAAUUGUUAAGUUCCAAAGAAAUACAAUUUGAUUAUGAUCUUUAUGUUGAAGCAGAAGCAAAAAUGAUAGUAAGCUGUCUGUUGCAGAAAACUGAGUCCCAUCUUUUACACUAUUGUUACACUAACUUGGUACAACAGUGGUAAAGGCCUUCUAUACUUGUAAUUAAUCUGUAAACAGUUAUCAUCAUUAUAAUUCUAAGAAAUUUGUUUGCAGAUUAGAUUUUAUAACUUAAUAAAAUACUUGUAGUGUAAAGAAUAGAUUACAUACUAUGGUGAGUUAGCAUAGUAUCAUUAAAAUUGUUUUAUGUCUUUGAAAUAUCAAAAUGGAGGCAUAGCCGUUGUGGGAAGGGAAAGAAGGAGGGUGUUGGUCUGUUUGUGUUGUGAAGGAUUUUGUAAUGUGUGUGUAAAUGUAUAUAGUAUAUAGUUAUAUCAGUCUCUCUAUCUGUCUACCUUUCUAUUUAUCUAUCCAUCUAUCUAUAU